UAAUCUCUCCGAGGGAGGCUGUGGACUUUUUUUCGGUUCAGUUUAUGAAGACGCAUGAGGUGAUCCACAGGGCUCCCUGGUCUUACACGCUUGAACAGAUCCCGUGGAAAUGGGCCGCGACUCUAACGUGGCAGCUGCGUGGGAGAGCAAUUAGAAGCGAAUUAUCAGCUGGUUGGUCCGCUCUUGUGAGUUUCGAUUAUCGAGGGGGAGACGACGGAGCGCAGUCAUGUCCCCGUCGUGGUGGACCCGCUGAGGCUCGCUCCAGUUCAGUUCAGUUCAGUGAAGAAGAAGAAGUUUUGGUGUGAUGGAGUGGCGAGAACAGUCGACGGUGAGCUGCCAGGACGCGUACGUGGAGGCUCGGCGAUGGAUCGAAGCAGUCACCAAGAAAACCUUUAAGGGCAGAGACUUCCGAUCGGCUCUGGAGAAUGGAAUUCUGCUGUGUGAUGUGAUCAACAAGAUCAAGCCUGGCAUCAUCAAGAGGGUCAACAGGCUGCCAACACCAAUCGCUGGUCUGGACAACAUUAACGUCUUUCUCAAGGCCUGCCUCAAGCUCGGACUCAAGGAGGCGCAGCUCUUUCACCCCGGAGACCUCCAAGACUUGUCGUCCAGAGUCACGGUCAAUGACGAAGAGACCGACCGGAGACUCACAAAUGUGCUGAUCACCCUUUAUUGGCUGGGUAGAAGAGCUCAGGGCGAGCGUUCCUACGAUGGCCCUUACCUGAAUUUCAAGGCGUUCGAGGGUUUACUGGGCACGGCGCUUCACAAGGCUCUCCAAGAAUUGUCUGGUCAGAAAGGCAACAGCGUCCAAGACAGCGAUUUGGGGGACAACUGGUAUUCAGAGCGAGAGGAGCUUCAUCAGUUAAGAGGAAGCGAAGAAAGUGGAGGUGGACACAGGAGAGACGACUCCUUGGACAGCUUGGACUCUCUGGGCUCUCAGCCGCUGAGCAUCUCAUCGGACGCCACGCUCAAAGGCAGCAGCGAGGGUUGUUGCAGCGACGCCGAGGCCGACGCAGCCUUCAGGAUGGCCGAUAACAAGGAGUCUCUUACGUAUCGCCGCUCCGUCUCCCUCACGCCGAAGGUCACCACCCAGUUCAACCAGUUCCUGCCCACUAAAGACAAGGCCACGGGAUACGUGCCCGCUCCGCUGAGGAAGAAACGGGCCGAGCGCAACGACGACAGCCGACGCAGCUGGGCCAACCCCGCUCACGGGGAGGAGGACGACUUCCCGAUCACUAGACAACGGCAAGCAUCAGACAGUUUCGAUGGGAGUAAAUCAACAAGCGACAUCUCGGAAGAACCUGUGCUGGUCAGACGGCGGUCUCAGUAUGAGGCUCUCGAGAAAUACCGCGAGCAGACCAAGAUGGGUGAUGAUAAGUGGCAGGAUGAUCUCAGCAAAUGGAAGAACCGGCGCAAUAGCGUCAACUCUGACAUCGUUAGAAAGAAAGAAGACAGGGAGAAGGUUGAGCAAAUCACGUCCGGCGGCAGCACCAGAACCUCCAAGACCUACAAAGAGAUGCAAGAUGACAGGGAAAACAGGCGAAGCGGCAGCAUCGGCAGCCGCAUCGGGUUGCUCAGCUUUGACGACGACAGCGACGUAUUCGAGAAACCGAAACCCCGUACUCGAGACAGCCUGAGCAGGAGCUACACCGUUGACACCCUUUAUCACUCCUCUGGCUCAUCUGAAGCUGCCCAGAGGAAAGAGGACAACCCGCCCGAUGUCCCGCUCAGAUCCACCAAACCGGAAGCCGAUGCUGCAAACGCUCCCGGCGGGACCGCCACCCGUAGCUCCUUCCACAGACCCAAACCUUCCGAGACCGCAUCCUCGCUCAGGAGUUCAGUCUUCGACAGUACGGCCAAAACGGAGGAGAGCUCGCCUCCUUCUCGAGCCUCACAAAAGGUUUCAGAGCCAAAGAACCCAGUCAAGGUGCAGCCCCCAUCAUCUAGUUCCCUGUACAAACCGCUGGCCAGAAAGACCGAAACCAACGCUGCAGCCGUUUCUCGGAUAUCCGCCUCGCUGCCUAGGAGCUACCAGAGAUCGGAUAGCAUGCGACUGUCGUCAGUGGUCACGCCCAGACCUUUUGGGACCCAGCCGUCCCGCCUAGGCUCACUUACCCGGACCCUCACAUCGGACGACUCCAACAGUCGCGUCAACGGCAGCGUCGCCGUUUCCAAGAACCCGCCGGUGCCGAGCCGCUAUCGUCAGUUCAUGACCGCCGAAGACGAGGCUCGGUCGCGGUCGAGCCCCGCUCACAGCAGCGAGGAUGACGACGACGAGCAACAGGAGACCACGGGGAAGAGCGCCACGUCCGCGUCCGGCAUCUCAUCACACCCAGUCCACGUCAAGAGGGAAGUUUCAGCCAAGGAGCCCCACGAGGAAAGUUCCUGCGAGAUGCGGAUCAGCCUGAACCAGAAGCCCAACAGCAGUCGAGACUUCGGCUUUGAUGUGGCGUGGGACUCUGGCGUGGCUCACGUCAAGUCCAUCCAAGCCGGCAGCCCAGCUGAGACGUUCCAGUUGCAGGCUGGGGACGAGGUGCUGACAGUCAACGGCCACCGGGUGGCGGACAUGAGCUACCUGGACUGGAAAGCCAGCAUGGACCGGGCUCUGCGGGAGGGCAGCGUGGUGAUGGACAUCAGGCGUCAUGGCAAGAGCAGUUUCCCCGACGCAGGCUCCGCCAACACGUUGGAUUUCACUUCGCUCACAGACACGUCCGCCAAGCUCGCCACCCACUCGGUGGUGGAUCUGGCUUCCAAUGGCGUCGAUGGUGGUUUCCCCAAAGUGUCCAUGAUGACCGCAGAAUCAGAGCCCAUUUCUAUGAUAAACUUAAAACGGAGGUCAGAGUUUUUUGAGAAAGGAGGAGCAGACUCUGCCAUGCCAAAUAUACUCGUUCCGCCAAUAACUACGUCUUCGACUCGCUGGUCUUGGGAUCCCGAAGAGGAGCGCAGGAGGCAGGAGAAGUGGCAGAGGGAGCAGGAGCGCCAACUACAGGAGAAAUAUAAGCGUGACCAGGAGAAAUUGCAGGAGGAGUGGACAAAGGCCCAGCAGGAGAUCUCCAGCAGUGUCCGACAAGCCGAGCCCGUGGGCCCGAGCUUCGCCUCCCGGGAGCUGGAGCGGCAGCGAGAGAGGCUGGAGCAAGAGAGGAAGAGGAGGGAGGAGGAGGAGCAGGAGCGCUCGAAGCUGGAGGUGGAAAGGAAGCGGGCGGAGGAGGUGUUUGAGCGCCAAAGGCAGGAGAUGCGGAGGCGGGAGGAGGAGCUGGAGCGAGAGAGACAGGAAGUGGAGAGGAUGAGGAGGGAGCAGGAGAAAGAACUGGAGCGCCAAAUGCAGGAGAUGAGGAGGAGGGAGGAAGAGCUGGAGCGCCAGAAGCAGCAGGAGAGGGAGAGGGAGGAGGAGAGGAGGAAGAGGGAAGUGGAGGAGGAGCGCCAAAGGCAGGAGGAGGAGGAGAGGAGGAGGAGGAACAGGGAGGAGGAGGAGAGGAGGAAAAGGGAAGUGGAGGAGGAGCGCCAAAGGCAGGAGGAAGAGGAGAGGAGGAGGAGGAACAGGGAGGACGAGGAGGAGGAGGAGAGGAGGAAGAGGGAGGAGGAGAGGAGGAAGAGGGAAGUGGAGGAGGACCGCCAAAGGCAGGAGGAAGAGGAGAGGAGGAGAAGGAACAGGGAGGAGGAGGAGGAGGAGGAGAGGAGGCAGAGGGAGGAGGAGGAGGAGGAGGAGGAGGAGAGGAGGCAGAGGGAGGAGGAGGAGGAGGAGGAGGAGGAGAGGAGGCAGAGGGAGGAGGAGGAGGAGCUGCUGUGGCAGAGGAGGAGAGAGGCGGAGAAGGAGGAGCUGAGGAGGAGGCUGGCUGCCGCCGAGGAGCGCCAGCGGCGAGAGAGGGAGCUUGCCGUCGAGGGGCAACGGGCGAAGUCACUGGAGGAGGAAGAAACACUUCAGAGCAGAGCCAGCGUAAACGCCACCCGUGCGCCGGCCGCCGUCGUAGGUGCGUUUGCGCAUCGGGGCGGCAUGGCCCGCUGGCUGCUGGAGGAGCAGGCCAGGAGCGCGCGCGACAAAGUGGCCCACGGUCAAAAGGCCGCCAGCGAGCUGGAGACGGAGAGGAGGAACAUUCUCAAUGCCAUGAGAUAUCGGCAGCCGGAGAGAGCGACAGGAAGCGAUGUGACGGACGCAAAGGGUCCGCAGCCGACGUCGCAGGCGGAGCUUCAGCGCCAGCAGCUCCUGAACGACAUGAAAAAGAAGACCAACUUGCUGACGGACAGCAGCUGGAUCCGCCCACGCUCGGCCACCGCGCCCGGCCAGGAGGACCCGCCGUCCACGCGCAGGGGCGUCUCCCUCGACCGCCCGGAUAACCUCCACGACUCCUGGCGUUCGUCGUGGACACCCGGGAGCUACUUCCGGCCUCUCUCCGCCAGCGCUCCCUUUCACGGCGGCGGACGCUCCGGCUCGACCUUCCGGGGCCCGGCGGCCGAGACGACCCCCUGGUCUCGACGGUCGUCGUCCCCUUCGCUGUCUCCCACCGCCUCGCCAGAACCGGGUUCUGACGCAGGUGGUCGGCAGCAGCGCAGCAGGUCGGUGAGCGGUAAGAAAGUGUGCACGCUGUGCCACACGGCGCUGGGAAAGGGAGCGGCCAUGAUCAUCGAGUCCCUCGGCCUCUGUUAUCAUUUGACCUGUUUUAAGUGCAUCGACUGCAAGUCGGCCCUCGGGGGAUCGGAGGCCGGUGCUGAAGUCCGAAUCCGAAACAAGCAGCUCUACUGUAACUCCUGCUACGUGCGAUUCAAAAAGUGCAGUUAGUUGUCUGUGGCGGGCUCACGCGUGACUUUGCUUCAACGGAAAGGGGGAAAGUUUGUUAACGGCUCUCUUCCAGCUGGCCAGCCCACCUCGAUGUGACUCGAGCUUCGUCCGAAGACCCGUCAUGCGCCAGCCUCCUCUUUGCUCCAAACGGCCGACUUCCGUCUCUUGAUUGCUGACAUUUGAAUCGUUUUGUGCUAAGUUUUGUUUGUUUGUUUGUUUGUUUUUUCCAAGUGGGUAAGACUGGUGUGUGUUUAAUGUGUAUGAUGUGAAGUAUUACAGCUGUCAAAAGGGUUCUUCUUCUUCUUCUUCUUCUACUUUUUCUUCUUCUUCAUACAUUUGGUUACUAGAAACGAGUGGGUAAACCUAAGGCUUGUGGGCUCAUAUGCAGCCCAGGUGAACAUCAAAUAUGGCAUGCAGUUCUAAAACAAAUCCAAGUAACUGUAUUAAAAAAAAAAAAAAAAAAGGCCACAAAUGCAUAUAAUGUAUCAUAAUAAACAUAUUUUUUCAUAAAUGUAGUUUGGACCUUGGAGGAAAAUGGUUCCUCCCGCUUGCUCUAUAUAUUACUACCCCAUCUUGUUUGUAUUAUUAUUGUUUAUGAAUGAUAAUGACCCCCGUGUUGUUCAUUGUUCGUCCACCGAUUAUGUGCCUUUAUGUCAGUAACGGGGAGAAGAAAUUAAAAUUACAAUUAUUAUUAUCCAGACUGUAUUUAAUGAGAUGGAAUAUUAGGCAGGUUGUGAAGAAUAUAUGAUGUGUGAUGAGCGCACAGAGAUUUGUAAAUAAAGACUUGAACGCUGA